AUGAACAUUUCGAACGCCAGUGAUGACACAAUUCAGAUGCCUCAAUGGUUCAUUGAUCCCAACAAAAUCGAUUGUGAAUUAGUGAUAAAGAACAAAAAGGAAGGAUUCGGCGGUUUUUAUAAAAAAUGCACUGAUAAACAGGGAUACAUGCGAGUGGUGUUUGUUCAUCAUGCGACCGGCGCAGAGAACGCCGUCAAAUUUUUAAAGUGUGAAUCUUGCUCGAGCAUUAUAGGAGAUAACGGUGGCCAUUUGCAGUAG